CAGCCGCGCGGUCUAAAAUCCGAGCCCCGGGCGGCCUGCGCGGUGCUCCCGGACUCAGAGGGAUUGCGAAGCGGUCAAAUCCGAGGCGUAACUCCUUACCCCGCACUGCAAUGAGCUGUGCCCAAGCUGUGCCACAAGACCUACUGCUUCCCCCGAGUCAGAGGGCCCACCCCACGUUCAGAGAACAAAGAAAACAAAACCUCAAGGAACAUCUACUCAAAAGAAAAACUAUAUUUGCAUACAAACAGGAAAAUAAGAUAUUAUCCAGUAGUAGAGACCAGAGAGCGAUGACAUCUGAGGGUCAAGUCCAAGAAGAAACAAAAGUUCUGAAACUUAAGACAAAAAUGGCUGAUAAAGAAAAUAUCAGUAGACCUACAAGGAGCAAAAAUAACAUAACAAUUGAAAAAAAUUGUAUUCCUUUAAAACCUUCUAAUGAAUUAACCAAUUCAACUAUAGCAAUUGACACACAUAAUUUGGAGACUAAUAAUCAAACUCUGCAGUUACCAAAUAAAGAUAAGCCCCAAAAUCAACGUAUGACAUUAAGCCAAGCAUUUCACAUUAAAAACAAUAUUAAAAAGAAACAAAUCACUACAGAAAAACCAAAGCAAGAUGCUUACAUGCUCAAGAAACCUGUGCUUGGAUCUUACCGUGGCCAAAUUGUUCAGUCUAAGGUUAAUUCAUUUAGAAAACCUGUACAAGUCAAAGAGGAGAAUUCUGCAACAACGAAGAAACUUUCAACUACUAUCUUUAAAGCCACAAAGCCUCAGCCUAUAAACACCAGCAGUGUAACAGUGAAAAGUGAGAGAGCCCCAAAUAUGAAGACUACCACUAAAUUUGUGAGCACUACAUCUCAGAACAGACAACUUUUGCGUCCUCCAAUUAGAAGUCACUACAAUAAUACCCAGGACUCCAUGACCCGAGGCAUCAGUAGAACCUCUGCCAAUGUUACAAUUCGGAAAGGGCCACCUGAGAAAGGUUUACUGCAAUUAAAUUCAGUUUCAUCUAAUGUCAAAACCAGUUCUUCUCAGGAAGUAAAAAGAAAUGAGGCACUAUCAAGAAGCAUCACAUCGGAAAUUAUAGCCAAGCCUGCUUCAUCUUCUAGUACCAAACUGACAGAAAAGUCAAAAACCAUUGACCAGCGUAGACAUACUAUCGCAAAAGCAACUAUCAAUAGUAGAUCUGCUCAGCCCAAAGAAACUGCAGAAGAGAGAAAAGCUCGUCUGAGUGAGUGGAGAGCUGGCAAAGGAAGAGUGCUGAAAAGGCCUUCUAGCUCAGUAGUUACCCACCCUGAACCUGAAGGACAAAAUGAAAAACCAGUUGGGUCCUUUUGGACUACCAUGGCAGAAGAAGAUGAGCAAAGAUUAUUUACUGAAAAAGUAAACAAGACAGUUUCUGAGUGCCUUAACCUAAUCAAUGAGGGCUGCCCAAAAGAAGAAAUAUUGGACACACUGAAUGGCCUGAUUAAAAAUAUUCCAGAUGCCAAAAAACUUGUUAAAUAUUGGAUAUGCCUUGCACGAAUUGAACCACUCACGAGUCCUAUUGAAAAUAUUAUCGCAAUCUAUGAGAAGGCGAUUCUGGCAGGAGCUCAGCCUAUCGAAGAGAUGCGACAUGCAAUUGUAGAUAUUCUAACAAUGAAGAGUCAAGAAAAAGUUACUUUUGGAGAAAUUUUUGAAGAGCCUUGUGCAACCAAGGAACAAAUCCAAGAAGUCAACAUUGAAGAUACCGGUGUUAAACUAGAGUCAGGAAAACCAGAAAUGGAAAAUAAACAUCAUAGAAAUGUGGUAUUUCAAGACUGUGAACCAGAGCAAAAUGACAAAACAAAAGAUCCAGCCAAUGAUGUUAAAACUCCCAGUACAGAAACUAGAGAGAGUUGCUUAAUUAAAUAUAAUGUGUCUACUACACCAUACUUACAAAGUGUGAAAAAGAAGAUGCAAGUUGAUGAAAUAAAUUCUACAUUUAAAGAGCUGAAGUUUCUAACACCAGUUAGACGUUCUCGACGUCUUCAAGACAACAUUUCUAAAUUGCCAGAUAUGUUAAAAGAUCAUUAUCCUUGUGUGUCUUCAUUGGAACAGUUAACAGAGUUGGGAGAUGAAAGUGAUGCUUUCAUAUGCCGCCCUAAUGCAGCCCUGUGCCGGAUGUAUAUGGAGCCUGAAACAAAAGAAGAGAAAUGAAGCUAUGAUAAGGAAUGAGGUUUUUACUCCUGGGCUGUUUUGUUUGUUGUGACUUUGUAUGUCUCUUAGGUCAGGAGUUGGCCAAGUAUCUAAGUAUUCACGGCAGUAAGCUCUUUUACUAACAUUGCCAUUAUAGCGGGUGUUGCCUUCUGUGUGUCUGAAAGCUAACUCCUGUGUUAUCUAAACAAUCUAAGGUUUUCUCUAAGAUAGGUAAAUUUUAUCAACUAGUUUGCUAUGUUCCUUGAAUAUAGUUAAUAAAUGUCAUUCUAGUUUCAGUGAUAUUUCUAAAAUAACGAAUACUUAACCUUGUUUUGUAAUAUAAAAACUUCAGCUAAAUCAUGUCCCCUGAAACAUGAUAGUUAGAUAUUGUAAAUAGUUUUCUUCUCCCCACACACAUAAAUACCACCAAUAAAAUUGUCUUUAUAUACCUUUGAACUGAUACUUAAAUGGCAUAUGUCCUCUACCAGCUCUACUGUUUCAAGUAAGUCAUUGUAAGAUUAGCUAAAACUGUGUGUGAUGUGAAUAUGGUUGAAAGUCACAUACAUAGUCCUACUGACGUUCAUAUAUUCCAUUUGUAUAGCACUUGUCUUCUAUUUAUUGUCUUCUCAUG